AUGACCCAGGAGCGCGGUGAUGGUCUGAACCCUGAGGACAGAUUCCACUUUGCUCUGAGUGGACCGUCCUUCUCUGUGGUCAUGGAACACUUCCCACACCUGGUCCCCAAGCUGGCCAUAGGCACCACAGUGUUUGCGCGGAUGUCUCCAGACCAGAAGACUCAACUGGUGGAGGUGCUGCAGAGCCUCAAUUACACUGUGGGGAUGUGCGGCGACGGAGCCAACGACUGUGGAGCGCUGAAGAGAGCUCAUAGUGGGAUCUCUCUGUCUGAGCUCGAGGCGUCUGUGGCUUCUCCGUUCACCUCCUCCACCUCCAACAUCUCCUGUGUCCCCAACCUCAUCAGGUACCUCCCCUCUGGUCCUCUGCCCCUCUGGUCCUCUGCCCCUCUGGUCCUCUGGUCCUCUGCCCUCCUGGUCCUCUGCUCCUCUGGUCCUCUGCCCCUCUGGUCCUCUGCCCCUCUGGUCCUCUGCCCUCCUGGUCCUCUGCCCCUCUGGUCCUCUGCCCCUCCUGGUCCUCUGCCCCUCUGGUCCUCUGCCCCUCUGGUCCUCUGCCCCUCUGGUCCUCUGCCCCUCCUGGUCCUCUGCCCCUCUGGUCCCCUGCCCCUCUGGUCCUCUGCCCCUCUGGUCCUCUGCCCUCCUGGUCCUCUGCCCUCCUGGUCCUCUGCCCCUCUGGUCCUCUGUCCUCCUGGUCCCCUCCUGAAGGCCCAGUGCAUAGAGGGUCGUGCCGCUCUCAUCACCUCCUUCUGUGUCUUCAAGUUCAUGGCUCUUUACAGCAUCAUCCAAUACCUCAGUGUCACUCUGCUCUACUCGAUUCCCAGUAACUUGGGAGAUUUCCAGUUUCUUUUCAUCGACAUUGCCAUAAUUCUCAUCAUUGCCUUUACAAAAUAA